AUGCGCGUACUGAUGAUUGGCGACAUCAUUGGCAAACCUGGGCGCAACACUUUGGCCGUGCUGCUACCCAGGUUGCGUCAGGAACUUCACAUCGACCUGGUUAUCGCCAACGCCGAGAACACUGCCGGAGGCUUUGGCCUCACGCCCAAGACGGCUCAGGAACUGUUGAACGCCGGUGUCGACGUGAUGACGUCCGGCAAUCACAUUUGGGACAAAAAGGAAAUCCUGCCCCACUUCGAUGAAUUCCCCUUGUUGCGCCCCGCCAACUAUUUCGGAGCGCCGGGUCGCGGCUGGUUGAUGCACGGGGACGUGAUGGUUCUCAACCUUCAGGGCCGUGUGUUCAUGCCGCCCAUCGACUGCCCCUUUCGUGAGGCAGACAAGCGCCUGCUAGAAGCCCAAGCCGAGUUGGGAACGCCUCCCCGUACGGUAUUGGUCGAUUUCCACGCCGAAGCCACUUCCGAGAAACAGGGUUUGGGCUGGUAUCUGGACGGCAGGGUCAGCGCUGUGGUUGGCACGCACACCCACGUCGGCACCGCCGAUAGCCGCAUAUUGCCCGGCGGUACGGCUUACGUUAGCGAUUUGGGGAUGACCGGUCCCGUCAACUCGGUUAUCGGGACUGAACGCGCUCCCGUCCUCGAACGUUUCCGCACCGGACUACCCCAGCGAUUCGAACCAGCUACCGGCCCAUGUAUCCUGAACUCGGUGCUGAUCGAUAUCGACGAUGCUACCGGUCGCGCCACCGACAUCGUACGCAUCGACCGCGCCGUCGACUAA